AUGGAUAGAAGAUUGUAUGAAGCUGCUUUAACAGGAAAUGUAGUGCAAUUACAGCAAUUGCUCCUUGAAGAUCAGCUUAUACUAAAUGCUGUUUCAUUAUCAUCUUCUGGGGAGAACCCUUUACAUGUUGCUUCCAUGGCAAGACACCUAAAUUUCGUUACAGAAAUGAUAAGGUUAAAGCCCGAGUUCGCGGAAGAACUGAACCAAUAUGGGCUCAGUCCGCUUCACAUUGCCUCUGCUAAUGGGGACUCAGAUAUGGUGAGGGAGCUGUUGAAGAUUGGCAGCCAUGUGUGCUGUCUCCAAGGAAGUGAAAGAAGGAUUCCUCUUCAUUAUGCGGCCAUGAAAGGAAGAUUGGAUGUUAUAAGAGAGUUGGUCUUAGCUUGUCCUGAAUCUGCAGGAGAGGGGACGGUUCAAGGUGAGACUGCGCUUCACCUUGCCCUGAAGAACAACCAGUUGGAGGGUUUUGGGGUCUUGGUGGAGAUGCUGAAGAAGGUCAAGAAGGACAGUUUCUUGAACAAGAAGGACGAACUAGGCAACACGAUCUUGCAUCUUGCAGCUUCCAGGAAGCAGCGUCAGGUGGCGGAGUUGUUGCUCACUGGAGAUGGUGUGAUAGAAGUAAACUCUAAGAACUGUCGUGGUCUCACUCCCCUUGAUGUUUUGCAAAUGUUCCCAAGUGAAGCCGGUGACCGAGAAAUCGCAGAUUUACUCCGAAAUGCAGGUGCUUCGAGAGGUCAAGACGUUGUUGUCUCUGAUCCAUCUCCCUCAUCAAACAAUAUUCAGCAAACUAUAUUAGAACAAUCCUCCCCUUCUAAUGUAGAAAGUUGGAUAGAGUAUUUCAAAUUCUCGAGAGGCCGUGAUUCUCCAAGUGAAGCUCGUAAUUCACUAUUAAUGAUAGCUAUACUAUUAGCAACAGCAACCUACCAGGCCGUGAUGAGCCCUCCAGGUGGUAAUUGGCAAGAUGAUGCACCACCCUAUCACAUAGCAGGUCAAUCCAUUUUUGCAACAAAAUAUAAGACAACAUUCUGGAUGUUCGUGUUCUUAAACUCCACAGGUUUCUAUAUGUCGCUGUACAUGAUCAAUACAUUGACCGUCAACUUCCCUAUGCAAUUGGAGUUGCAGUACUGCAUAGUAGCAAUAACUGGCAAUUAUUCUUAUGCAAUUGGAUUGAAUGCAAUUGCACCCUAUGGUGUUUUUGGAUACAUACUCAUUCUAGUAACAUCAUUCUUUUCUAUUGGUUUACAUCUUACGGUCAAGAAGGUGAAACAGAUACUAUCAUCUAGACGUGCAAGAACCAGCAGAAGAGACAUAUAA